AGCGCCGGGCCGGGCUGGGGUCGGUGCUGCAGGGCCAUGAGCGCUGCGUUCGCCCCCCCCGCACCGCUGCUGCUCGUCGCGGGGCCGGGCCGGGCCGGCUGCGGCGGGACGGCCCGGCCGUGACCCCGCGGGGAUGUGAAUGGCGCGGGGGUCGCUCGGCGGGGCCGACAUGGAGCGGGAGAAGCUGCCGCGGAGGCCCGGCUCGGCGCUGCGAGCGGAGCGGCCCGACGAGAACGAGGCGGGGGAGGCGGCGGGGCCGUGGCCGGGAUGCGGGAGGAUGCGGCCCUCCUCGUACCGCGCGCUGCGCAGCGCCGUCUCCACCCUGGCGCGCAUCGACGAUUUCUACUGCGAGAAGAUCGGCACCGGCUUCUUCUCCGAGGUGUUCAAGGUGCGGCACCGCCAAUCCGGGCAGAUCAUGGUGCUGAAGAUGAACAAGCUGACCAGCAACCGGGGCAACAUGCUGCGGGAGGUGCAGCUGAUGAACCGCCUCUCACACCCUAACAUCCUCAGGUUCAUGGGGGUGUGCGUGCACCAGGGGCAGCUGCACGCUCUGACAGAGUACAUCAAUGGUGGGAACCUGGAGCAGCUGCUGGACAGCCCUGUGCCCCUGUCCUGGUCCACGCGUGUCCAGCUGGCACUUGACAUCGCCCGUGGCCUGCACUACCUGCACUCCAAGGGCAUCUUCCACCGAGACCUCACCUCCAAGAACUGCCUGGUGCGCUGUGAGGGUAAUGGCUACACGGCUGUAGUGGGUGACUUCGGCUUGGCAGAGAAGAUCCCCACCUACAGCGAGGGCAGCGAGAAGGAGCCGCUGGCCGUGGUGGGCUCUCCCUACUGGAUGGCACCCGAGGUUCUGCGUGGGGAGAUCUACAAUGAGAAGGCUGAUGUGUUCGCCUAUGGCAUCAUCCUGUGUGAGACCAUUGCUCGUGUCUCUGCUGACCCUGACUACCUGCCCCGCACCGAGGAUUUUGGCCUGGACAUCACCACUUUCCGUACCAUGGUGGGAAACGACUGCCCGGUGGCCUUCCUCCAGCUGGCGUUCCACUGCUGCAGCAUGGAGCCCGCUUCUCGCCCCUCCUUCCUGGAAAUCACGCAGUGCCUGGAGGGCAUCCUGCAGCACCAGCUGGGCACUGAGGAUGCUGGGACCACCCUCUUCUGCACCGGGGACAGCAUGCCUGCACUCAGCACAGUGUCUGCAUUCAGUGGAGUGGCCAUGAGGGCGGCUGGCCGCGCUGAGCAGUCCCCGCUGCGUGAGCUGGGGACGCAGCACCUGCAGCCGGACCAGCAGCUGUCCCGCAGUCACUCUGACGUCUUCCCCCCCAAAUCACCCAUCUCGGAGCACUGCAGUGAGGCCAGGACCAAGGAGACGCCAGCACGCGUCAACCCCUUCUCCCAGCGCGAGGACUUGAAGGGGGGCAAGAUCAAGCUCUUCGACGCCCCCAGCAAGUCGGUCAUCUCGCUCACGUUUGACUUGCCCCCUCCAGCCCCUCUGCAGCUUGCCAGUCCCAUCACCCCUGAGCCAGCCGUGGAGGUGCAGUGUGACUUCUCAGCACCUACCACCUCACCCCGCAAGUGCCACUCGCUGCCUGCCUCCCCCGAGCUGCCCCACCGGGGGGGCCUGGCGCUGGGCAUGAGGUCCCCCUCCCGGCCCCCUGCCCCGAAGCAGAGCCAAUUGGACAGCAGAGAGCCGAGAAUCCCAUCCAGACCCAGGGUGGAGGAGCGGAGAGACUGCGCUCCCCACCACCCUGAGCUGCCGCUGCCGCAGCUCCGCGCUCCAACAUCCACUAGUGGCACCUUCAUCAGCACACUGGCCUCGGGAGUCAAUCUGUGGCAGCCAGAGCCGCUCCGCGAGCAGCUUUUCAACAAUCACCACCCCACAGCAGUCAGCAAGCCGCUGUCCUGGGGCAGUGGGUUGGAGCAUAGCUUCUCCAAGCUCAGCAUCCCCUGCGCGGCAGUGGUGCUGGAACAGACGGAGCACGCAGCCAUGCUGCCCGGUCAUGGUUCUGGCAUGGUGCUGGAGCAGAACGAGGUGCUGCCCUGCCCCAGCUGCUGCUUCGGACCCUUUAGCCUCACCUCUCUUUGUCACCAGCCAGCACCCAGUCCACCCCGCUACCAGAACCUCAACUGUGAGGCCAAGAGACUCCUCUGCCAUGACUGCCUCCAGAAAGCCGAGGAGUCAGCGGAGCCCAGCCUGAAGCUGCCUGAGGCGCAGUCCUAGUUCUGGGAACCCCGCUGGGAGCCUGGGGUGCCCCCCUGCUCCAUCACAAUUUACUCAGCACAUGGAAGCCCUUUCUGCUUGGAGGGCUGAAGUGCAAUAACACUGCUGCCCCAGGUGGCAGGGCCGGGUCCCCACAAGUAUGAAUCCUGUGGGACUCCCCUGUCCCCAUGGGCUCGCCCUCAGUGGGCUCUUACAGCCCCUCAGAUGAGGGCAAGCAGGACUGGGCAGGGGGUGUGAUGCAGUCGUGUGUGUAUGUGAGCAAUGGGGGUUCCAGCUGCCACCCCGCAAGUGUAGGAUGCACACCUGGUCCCUUAUACCAUGAAACACCAUGGUAUGCAGGGGACUGGGGAAGGGGCCGGCACUGGGAGUCUCUGGGUACUGAGCCCCCAGUACAUGUGUGCUGACCUGCCCAGUACCAGGGACUCAUCCACAUUACUCACCCCAAGCUGAGGGCACUGUGCAGCCCCCAGCAUCUCUUGAGUGGCCAGGGGAUAAGGGAGGGACAGGAGUGGGAGCCGGCUUUCCUCCCUCCCGCACAACGCACUGGUGAAUGCAGAACUGUUGUGUUUUUUUUUUUAUUACUAUUAUUAAUAAUGAUAAUGGCUAGUAAUAUAUACCCAGCUUAUUUAAGGUGUUCAAUAAAAACUGAAUGUCCCAACAA